UUGCAAGUGUGAGAAGCGGCCACUACUACGUCACGAUACUAUUCGGUCACGUUAAGACCGCGAGUAAAUAUGUUACUUUUUGUCGCUUCUAAAACAACCUAGAGCAUGUUUAAUUCUAUGCCAACUUAUUAACUUUCUCCUCUAUUGCUUAACGAUUCCUUGAUAAACUUUCUAAACAAUGGUCGUAAGUAGACACUAGCCGUGUGUUUGUUGUGCGUAACGUUAUUUAUAACCAUUAGCACGGUGACCUGAGGAUCGGGAAGUGAAAUAAAUCUGCAAGUUGUGAUCUGUUGUUGAUUUGAAGAAAGUUACUGGUGUUCUCCAACGUGUUGAGAGAAGAACAAAAAAAAUGAUGUUGUGUCCACGCUCACUCAUUUUGGAUAGGGUCCUAAAGUCUGCAGUGACCUUCCCUUACAGGAAGUUCUCAAUGAGUCAAAUAUCCCAACAAGGGAAGGUUCCAGAUAUGGCUGAAGUUCGCAACAAGCUGAGAGAAAUAGUUGGUGGAUCUACCAACUGGCAAGAUCAUCAGCAAGUGCUGGCUGAGCGUGCAGCACUAAGCCAGUAUCUUGCUCGGAGUCAGGAUCAACUGCCUACAAAAAGAAUGAAGGACAGUAUGAUAGAGGCGCAUCUUCCUCUGGGUUCCCAGCCUGCCUUGAGAGAGAAAUAUCUUAACUCUCACAACAGCGUCAGGUUUGGUCGUAUUUUGGAGGACUUGGACUGUUUAGGAGUGCUCAUCUGUUACUCUCACACAUGGAAUAAGGAGCUGAAAAGAUCUCCACUGUCUAUUGUCACCGCCCUAGUGGACAAGAUCGACAUGAGAAAAAACAUCAUCUACCCUGACUGUGACAUCAAGUUCACCGGUCAUGUGACGUGGGUUGGCAAAACCUCAAUAGAAGCUACAAUGCACAUGUCUCAGUAUCAAGAUGGUGUGUACACAGAUGUAUUAGAUGCCACAUUUGUUAUGGUGGCUCGAGAUCCUGAAAAUAAAAGAGCAGCUUUUGUAAACCCACUCAAACCUGAGGGUCCGGAGGAAGAGGCCAUUUUUCAUCAGGGGGAAGUAAACAAGACGAGGCGUGUGGAGCUGAGCACAGCGUCUCUUCUGAAAGUGGCUCCUACAGCUGAGGAGAGGACUCUUGUUCAUGACCAGUUCCUCAGCACUCUGGACACACGACGUGUGAGUUUUCAUGGUCGUAUUCUCCCGCCAAAUUCAGUGUGGAUGGAGGAUGCCAAACUCAAAGGGCUAGAGAUUUGCCACCCAGAGGAAAGAAAUAUCUUCAACCGGAUAUUUGGUGGUUUUCUGAUGAGAAAGGCCUAUGAACUUGGUCGAGCCAAUGCCUGUGCAUUUGCUGGCUGCAGACCAACUGUGGUGGCUGUGGAUGAUAUCUUAUUUAGUAAGCCAGUAGAAAUAGGUUCUUUGCUCCUGCUGUCUUCUCAGGUUUGUUACACUGAAGGAAUGUACGUCCAGGUCAGGGUUCAUUCAGAAGUGCUUGAUCCUUUGACCAGGCAGCACAACACCACCAAUGUGUUUCACUUCACUUUCCGUCUUGAAAAGGAUGUCCCAGCUGUUGUCCCACAGAGCUAUGGAGAGUCUAUGCUGUACCUGGAUGGAAAGAGGCACUUUGAUGGGACAAUGAGGAGCCACUGUUGAGCAUCCUAGGAUGUCCUGAUAGGAUGAAAUACUGUUUACCUGAUAAAGCCUCCUCAACAUCCAUCACUACAGUUACAUGAAUGUGUAUAUGUGUAUUCUGGUUUGAUUUUCAAAAUGUCUAUUCUAAAGCUUUCACAUGCAUGCAUUUGAAACAUUCAGUGAUCAGUCAUUUAAUUCAUAAGUUUAUACAUUUUUUGAAUCACUUUCUAUGACGUGUUUAAAAUGUGAGAUAUAAAUGUGGAAAACACUGUGACUACAAUACUACAAUGUGUAACACUAAAACAACCAUCCAAACAAUUCAUGGUCUAUUUGACAUUUAUUUAUUUUUCCAUCUGCUCAUAAUAUAGUUGUACAAUAAAUUUAGUCGGAAAUGAGAGAUGCACUGACCUUAUUCUUUCAGUCAGAGAGGCAAUUCUGAUCUCAUAGAUUUUUUUAGUUGCUGAAACAAACAUACUCUUUAAAGUCAUUCUGAGUAUUACAGCUCAGGGUUCUGCAAAUGUUAACGCGAAAAGAAGUAAAAGGGGAUUUGUUCGAGUAGGUAAUCUGCAGUGUAUUUGGCAACACGGCAGAGUCGCGCGUUGGGGGCUUUCAAUGCGAUUCUAAACAUGGCAACCCACGUACCCUCGCGUUGUUUCAACGGUGGGUGGUGAGACAGCAUGGCAGCGGCGUUGAGGCAAUUGUUGGGAGAGGAUUUUUGCAGAACUCGGGGAUUGGAGCUGUCAGGUCAAAAAUCCACGAGGUAGUUCGACAGAAAUCUGCAAUACAGUACAUAUCACGGCCAGAUCAUCCAAAGCUGGCCCUUUAGAGAGUGAAAGGAAAGAGUCCUGGUGUCUUGUUCCUGCCUGGAUAUGGAUCUAACAUGAGCGGACAGAAGGCAGAGGCCCUGGAGGAGUUCUGCAGGUCAUUAGGUCAUGCCUACCUGAGGUUUGAUUACUCUGGUCAUGGAGCUUCUGAGGGUGUAUUUUCAGAAGGCACCAUAGGAACAUGAAAAAAAGAUGUGCUGUUCAUGUUAGAUGAACUCGCUGAAGGUCCCCAGGUAAGACUAGAAAUACUUUACAACGUUUUCACGGUUACAUCUAAACAGAACAAACACCUGAGUUACUAUUACGGCCAGCUGGUGAAAUGUAAACAUUUGUGUCUUUAGAAGACUUUUUUUUUUUUUUAAGAAACGGACUUCUAUAAACUGAAAUACUUAUUUCUCAUUUUUGAAUAAUCAUGUUCAGUGUUUUUCCUCAAAGGGGUGGCUGAUUGCAAUUUAACUUUUUUUUUUACGUUACUUAGUGUGUAAUUUCGCUGUUUGGACAUAAACAAUAUCUGCAAAGUUAAACGCUAAAGUUUAAUGAAAAUGGAGAUAUUCUGGUAGUUUAAUGCCUACAAAAAAGACUUGUAGGGACUACCACAAGUUUACACCUGCCCUCUGGAACCUGCAACAAAAGGGGCGGGCCAUAUUGUGCUCCUUUAGAGAAGAGGAAGAAAAAACUAGAGGUGCACGUAAAAUAAAUGAAUCGCAAUUCUUCUAACGAUUAUAAUGUUCCUCACAUCCCCUGUUCUGCACAUGAUCUGCAUCUCUCUCUCUCUCUCUCUCUCUCUCUCUCCCAUUCAGAUCAUCAGCUCCAACAAUGAACUGUUCCAUUUAUACACUUAUUUUCACAUAGCUAUGAGAAGCGUUACACAUGGAUGCAAGUACGCUUGCCGUAUUGUAUUAAAGCUGUAAUCAGGAUAAAACCUUGUAAUGAAAGCUACCAGAAGCACUAGCAUUUACAAAUAACAGCGUAUCUAAAAGUAUGACACAGCAACAAACAAAAAAACAACAAUUAAGAGCUGUGUGCUUCACAGGUUCUGCACUAUCCUCUUCACUAAGAUUCUCUGGGUCUCCGUUGGGCUUAGCUGAUAAUAGGCAAUGCCAUUGUUAACAAUACAACCAGAACAUGUGUGCUGAGGUGAGGGGUGGGAUGUUUAGAUGCACACUAGAGGUGGUUUAGCCAAUCACAACACAUUGGACCAGCUAACCAAUCUGAGCCCGUUGCGCAAUUUUUUAGGGAGGGGCUUCAUAAAAACAGGAAAUGAUCAGCGCAUUUAAAGGAGAAGGGACAUAACGAUGUGGAAUAAACCCCUUUGAAGGGAUAGUUCACCCAAAAAUGAAAUUUCUUUCAUUAUUUAAUCACCCUUAUGUCAGUAAAAACCGCUAUGAGUUACUUUUUUCUGCUGAACAUAAAAGAUAUUUUGAAAAAUAUGGGUCACAAAACAGUAGCUGGUCCCCAUUGAUUUAAAUAUGAUAGAAAAUACUAUUACAGUUAGUGGGGACCAGAAACUGUUUGGUUAGCCACAUUCUUCAGAAUUUCAUAUUUUACGUUCAGCAGAAGAAAGAAAUCCAGGUUUGCAACAACCUGAGUAAAUAUAUUUUCAUUUCUGGGUGCGCUAGACUUUAAUUCUUUAAUUUUAAAGAGUGACCACUAGAGGUCACUAAUACUUUUAAAAAUAACAUGGAACACUUGCUUUAACUGUAAGUACUAUAGUACAUUGUCUCCUAGAUUCUCGUGGGCUCCAGUAUGGGUGGCUGGCUGAUGCUUUUAGCUGCUAUUGCUCGUCCAGAGAAGACCAAAGCAUUGGUGGGCAUUUCCACAGCAGCAGAUCAUUUCGUUACAGCCUUCAAGACACUUCCUAUAGAGGUGAGAAAAGAGUGUGAGGACAAGGGUGUAUGGACAAUCCCCACGAAAAGUAAUGAGGAGGGCAUGUACACUUUGAGUAUGGACUUCCUGCGUGAGGCAGAGAACCACUGCAUCCUACAAAGCCCCAUCCCUAUCUCCUGCCCCGUACGUCUCAUUCACAGCCUGAAAGACGAGGACGUGCCUUGGUACAUCUCCAUGCAAGUGGCCAAGCGUGUGCUGAGCCCCGACGUGGACAUCAUUCUGUGGCUGAAAAAGAUGACAUCAAGCUCAUUGUCUACACCAUCGAUGACCUCAUAGACAAGCUUACCACCAUGGUGUGAAAAGCGUUUGGGAUGGGGCUACUGAGCGAACUCUGGGAGGACAAAAUAGUUUCUUUUUCAUGUCUUCUACCUGUUUACCGCAAUACUGUGCCAUUAAAUCUUUAAAGUAAAGCUGCUGAUUGUCUAGAAUAAGAUUUAUCUAGAUCUUCUGUGCCUUUUUUUUACCGUAUUUCACACUGUUUUAUAGAAAUAAAGCCUCUGUAUACCAAU